AUGGCUGAAUUUACCAGGCAUAAUCAGACAAGAAUUUGGCUUGGAGAAGUUUUGGAUGUAAGUUUUGACGAGGAUGUGGCAAUUCUUGACUUGCUUGCUGAUGGAGAACUGCUGUUUCAAGUAUCUAAAAAAGUAUGGAAGAUGCUUCUGAGAAAGUAUGGUGAAGUAAAGCAUUCAAAAAUGCAUAUAUAUGAGCGUACAUCAUCUGGAAAAAGUGAUGGUAGAUACAUGCCGUAUCCCAAAGUUGACUCGUUUCUGAAGAUAUGUCAAAUCCUUGGUUUAAAUGGCAUUGAUUUGUUUUCUCCAUCAGAUGUUGUUGAGAAGCGAGACAUUCGCAGAGUUUGCAUGUGUAUCCGAUCUCUCUCUAAGAAAGCCAGGUCUAAGAAAUUGAAUGUUCCAGAUUUUGACUUUGUAACAUAUAACAUUGCCAUGCCCACUCGUUUGGUAGGUAGUAUUUGCAGAAAUUUGGAGCUUUUACGGUAUGCAAAAGAAAUUUCUGGACCGCAUUCCCAAUAUUCUGAUUCAAGGUCUGAUGAAUCUGAGAGCAAUUUUAGUGAACUUGAGUUUGAGAGUCCAUUUUCGAGUGCUUCAUCUGAUGUCACCAAUAUUGCCUGCAUAGUUGGAGAAGUCUCCCCUGAAUUAUCCCCUAUUUCUGAUGAUUUUGUUCAUUUAAGCAAAGCAGAGCCUAUCACGCUUCAAAACAUGUCAUCUUCAUAUUCUGAGCACCCAACUGAUCAAGAUACAAGUACUUUUUUCUCUGAAGUUUGCAAGGGGAUUGCUGGUUCAAUUCCACAUGUUAAAAAUGGGCUUAAAGCGGAUAGUUUGGCGGGCACUUCAGGUGUCAAAACCUCUUAUAAAGCCUUAGAAGAUUAUCAGCAUUCUCAAUCAUCUUUUUCUUCUACUCUCUCACAUCAUGAGGUUCAUGGAUCUGUAGAAGUUGAACCAUGCCACUCUAGACAAGAAAAUUUUGCUGUUAAAAAAUUUAUUAUAAGCAACAAUAAGGCUAUGACGAAUAGUUUUUAUUACAUGGAGACAUCAGAUAACAGUGACUUAGUUAUACCCAUAAACUAUUCAUUAGAUGCCGAGGCAGUUGGAAAUGAUGAAAUCCUUCCUAGUCAAAUCAAAUCACCUUCAAUACUUGAUCUUAAUUCACUUGAUAAUCAUGCUUGUAACACUGAACUUGAAGGAUCAGAGAGUAUUAUAGUAAGCAGAAAAGCAUGCUCAUUUUUUUCCUCAUGUUCGGGAAUGCAAAACAAUUUUUCACCAAGCUUAGUUGGCCAUCCAUCCGAGAGAGACCAAUAUGAACCUGUUCAUACUUGUUUAAGUUCUGUAGCAAACGAUUCUGCACUUCUUUGUCAGUCUGAUGAUCCAAAUCAUCUGGCAAUAAGAAAGUGUGGCAGCCAGAGCACCAAUCCCUCAAUUUCCUCGUUAAUUGAAAGCAAAUUUGAAUGCUCUUCUUCCUCUAGCAUAUGCUUGACGUACAAAGACGUAUAUAUUGAAGAUGGAAGUUAUUUGGUUACUGGCAAUUGUAUGCAGGAGAAUGAUGUCAACAAAGCCAACUCUAUCAUGGACUUGAAUGAGGAUUUUAUAAAUAAUUUGGUGCCUGUUGUACAUGAAGAUGUUGAUAUUGCAGCAUGUAGGCUUUCAUUGGAAAAAGAAAAAUUAUGCAACAAUGCUAGUUACAGAAUAAACAUUGGAACUGAAGUGGGAUCAAAUAUAGAUAAUGCUGCUUCUUGUCAAUCUUGUCUAACUCAUGAGAAUGCUCAAAUGGCUGUGAAAGGAAGCUGGUCUGAGGAUCCAUGCCCGCAUUACAAUUUUCAUAAGUUUGAUUCUUUGAGCAAAAAUAAAAUGAUCAAACACGCAUUUGAACCCAUUGAAAAUCAUGGAAAUUCAUUAAAUUAUACAGAAGCCAAAGAUUAUGGCUUUAUUUGUGGCUCAGUGGUAGAUUUAUGUUGCUCGGAUUUAUUUCGAAUUCGUGGAAAUAGUUUGGAAACUGAAGGUGAAACCUUCCAAAUAGUUGAUAUACUUCCCAGCUCAAGUUUGGACAGCAGAGAGAGAGAAGUUGCUUCAGCUGAAAGUAUGGAAACGGAAAAACAUGCUGCGUACUCCAUUCAUGAUGAUUGUGCUGUGCCCAGUGAUGUGCCACAAGCUAUACUGGACAAUGCAAUUAUUUGGAAGGAUAUCAUUAUGACAGAGGAAUGCGGUAAAGGCAUAGACACAGAAGGCACUGUUGGAAAGACAGGAAACCAUGUUCUCAAGUCAGUUGCAAGGGUGAUGACAAUGGUUGGUUCUUUUGUCUUUUUCCUUCAUGUAAGUCAGAAGAAACAUAGAGAGAAAAAAAAUGAAAUGUGGAUGCCAUUCCAAGUCCAGAAGCCAAACCAGGAAUUCUUCAGUAAAAGGAAAAUUAUAAUUGGAAAAUCCAACUCAUCAUACCAAGGUGAAAAGCUCAAGUUUUAAGAAUUCAGAAUUUUUUUUUAAUGUAUAUUUUUUAAUAUUUGAGUCAAUAAGCAUAUUUAGGUUAUGCUUAUAGGUUUUCUUCAUUAUGUUCAAGACUGUUACCCUCAGUUAAGAUGAACACAUUAGUCAGCUUUUAAUCAUAUUAUUUUGAUAGUGGAGAAAUUAUACCACCCAUGGAAUGUAAUAUCCUCAAAAUCUACAGCAAUGCAGAUAUACUGUAAUCAUUCAGG